CAGCACCAAAAACGAUCACACUCUCUUCUUCGUUCUCUCUCUCGGUCGAGAAUUUCUCUCACUAAACGGCCCUACAUGGUACAGCUAUAGAUACGUAUAUAUAUAGUCAGAGAUAUAUAUAUACACACGAACGGAGGAAUAUAUAGUGCUUGCAAUGGAGGAGACGGCGCCGAUGAAGUCACAGCCUCUGCAUAACUUCUCCCUCUCCUUGUUGAAAUGGAGCACCAACAACACCACCAACCACCGCCGUUCUCAUCCCGAACCCGGACAGCAGAAUCGGGAGAAGUCAGACUCAAUCCGUCCUCUCCGGGUCGGAUCCCGCUCGGCCCGUCCUCACCACCGCUUCGCCUCCUGCUCUUCCUCCAUCGGUCCGAAAACGAAGCCGGCGAGACAUGCUUCAUCUCCGGAGUCGGGAACCGCGCAGAAAGAAGUCGGGCUUCCUCACAACAACAACAACGAUACCGAAGCCGAGGAAGAAGAGCGGGAGGAGCAAGAAGGCAAAGAUGAACAAGUGGAAGACGGAGGGGAGACUGCGCAGAGGCCAUGGAAUUUGAGGCCGAGGAAGGUUAUUUCGACGCGGGUGUUCAUGAAUGAGAACGAAAGGACUUACAAUGGAAAUGGUAAUAGCAAGGAAUUUCCGGCACAGGGGAAUCAGCAGCCGAAAUCGAUGAGACUCAGGGGAAUGGCGGCGUCAGCAACGGAAACGGCGGCGCAGGAGGUUUUCGGAGGAGGGAACGGAGGGGAGAAGAGGAGGUUUUGGAUAGCACUGUCGAAAGACGAGAUCGAGGAGGAUAUCUUCGUGAUGACGGGGAACAGGCCGUCCCGCAGGCCCAAGAAGCGGCCGAAGAACGUGCAGAAGCAGCUUGAUGUGGUAUUUCCGGGGAUGUGGUUAGUUGGGGCUUCCGCUGAUGCCUAUCGAGUUGCGGAAGCGCCAGUGAAGAGAUAAAUAGCUUGCACAUGCUAAGUUCCUGAUGUAAAGUCUCUGAGGUAGAUAUGGGUUACAGCAAAUUAUGGACAUUUGGAAGCCCUUCGAGGUUGGAAAGUUUGCACCUGCUUUGUCUAGACUUCAAUUGGAGGUAUACAUAGAGGAAUUUUGUAAAGGGGAAGAAAAGAAGUUUGGUUUCUUUAUGCUUGGUUGUAGUCCAAUUGAGGGUAUGAUACAGUGUAGCAUAGAUUUAAUUUACAUGUUAUUUAGUAGUUCUAAGCCUAAGAUGUAAAACAUGGACCAGAAAUUGGCUGAAUAGAGAUUUUUAUGGCUUUUGUCUCGGUUUUGUUUGGGUGAUUUCUAUUUUUUGAUCACCUUAUGUUUGACAGGCUCCCUACACUGUGGGGGAGCAGAAUAAGAAAUGUGUAGUUAGUUUUACAAAGUCUAAUUCAAUACAGGAUUUGAUAUCAA